GAAUAGAUUUAAAUCGCAAACAAUUUAUUUUCAUGCUAAGGUGCAAAAGUUAACGUAAUUCGAGAGUACGAACGCGCGUCCGGAGUCAUACUUUUGACCAGCUUGGUGGGAGAAACGGAAUGUAGCCGAGCAACGAGCAUUUCCGCCUUGUUCGUUGAUUGCGGCGGUUUUACGCAGUCAGGUGAGGAGCGUCUUAAAAGUUGUCAAGGUCUAAUUAUAUAUAGCGGCGGAGGCGAAAUAACGAACGGACACGUGUGCAUGGUAACGGCGACGGAUUCUAGACGACAUUUAAUUGCAGAUGGAAAAUGGACGACGGGGCGUGCGCGGAUUACGUAUGAGGGUCGCGUAGCGUCCGUGGAUGCGACAGGAAGAGCCCGCAGGAGCAGCAAGCGGCUUUCUUAUUAUCAGGAUACCUACAAACUCCAUAUUAGGAUAUGUUCAGGAUAUGGUUGCUUGCAUCCAUCGUGAAUAUUUAUUUUCCAUAAAAAGGAUUUAAUUUUAAUCAAUACGCGCGCGCGGAUGAUUUUGAGGGUCGGUUCAUGUCCAGUGUAAUGAAAAUGCGUAGAACGUCUUGAACAUCAGCAAAAUGCCACGUAUAGAUCCUCUAUCGUUACUCAAAUGUCUUAGCGUUUUAUUGGGCCCAACAGGAGGUAUUAAGAGUAGAGAAGAAGUUCAUCGAUUAGCUAAUUUAAUGACAAAAUUUUCUAAGAAGCUUGUUUCAAAAUGCAUUUACAUACAAAUAUUGAAAACGACUAAUACGGACUUGCUUAGUCAAUUUAUGAGCGCUGGAGGAUGGAAUCUCAUUCACACAUGGCUCACUGAUGGCAUUCUUGCCAAGAAUUGGGCUCUCAUUCAAGAACUUCUCGAGCUUCUGCUGCUUUGUCCAGUAGAUAUUGAGCGGUUGAAGAGUAACAAUUGUCCAAAAUUAAUCAAGGGUUUGUCGAAGGAAGGUAGUCAUCAAGGUGUUAGGACAUUAGCUAGUCGACUUGUAGAGCAGUGGCUGAAAAUUGUAAAGGGAGAAGCGGCGCCGAAUUCGGUGCCGGCUCAAAUAAUGACGGUUCCAGUACAAUCGAAUGCUACUAUUGCUCAAACCGCGACUACUUCAUCAUCACAACAACAACAGCAGCAGUUGCAGUACUCUGUGAACACUCCGCAAAUUGUAAAUAUCACUGAAACUGCAACUAUUCACGUACAGGACUUGAAGCUCGAACAACAAUCUACUCAAUCUACUGUGAGUAUUCCAAUAAAUCAGCAAGAUCCAGAAAAGCAACAACAACUGCAGGAAAGGCUACAACCGCAAGUGGUGCAAAUUGUUGGCAAGGUUCAGCAAACGCAAGUACAACCGCAAGUAACACAACAACAAUGUAAAAAACAAUCUUUUGUUGUUGUACAAACGACGACGACGACGACGUCUUCGACAGCACCACUGCCUGUUUAUAAGAUUACUAUUCGCGAUGGCAAUCAGGUUCUCACGAAGGUAGAGACAGACGUCGCGAAUAUAAAUAACGCCCUAAAUACACCUAGUACGAGUACGGAUAGUGAACAAGUCUUAAACCUUAAGGAAGUUAAGGUAGAUUCGGAGGAGUUAGACGAGAUAGAAGAAAAUGGCAGUGCGACUAUUAUUCGAGACGAUGUAGUAGAUGUUGUACAAUCAGAUGAUUCGGGACACGUUCCUAGUGAAGUGAAACAAACUUUAGUUAGUUCUAAAGAUAAUGAGGAUACUGAAGGUGUUAAAAGCAAAGACAUUAAAGACUCUAAAGACAUUGUUAGUAGUGAUAACGGUAAAUCUAGUGAUAAAGAAAAUAGGGACUCUCAUAAAAAAGAUGAUAAGAAAUCUAGUAGUUUUGAUAAGAAAAGUAGCAGCCAUCAUCAUGGCUCAUCUUCCUCUUCGUUAUCGUCAUCAUCUAAAAGUUCUAAGCAUGGCACAAGUUCCAGUGCACAUCGCAGCAGUUCUACAUCUCAUAAAUCUAGUAGUCACCGUUCCGGUUCUAGUAAUAGUAGUAGUAGUAGUUCUAAAAGCUCCAGCUCUAACAAAGAUAGGUCUUCCAAGGAUAAGGAUAAACAUCACUCUAGCUCGUCCAGCAAGCAUAGCUCAAAUAGGAGUAAAUCGGAGCGAGACAAGGAACGGGAUAAGGAGAAAGAGAAGCAGAAAAAGGAUCAAGCCGAGAAGGACAAAGCGACUCUGGAGAAGGUACAGGGUAUAGCUCUGAGCUCUAAGAUGGGUAAGAUACCGAAGAAGCGAACGGAAGAUGAGAAAUCAGGCGAUACAAGUGGAAGGAAGGCUUCAACCGAGUCGCGCGAUAGCUCGAAAGAAAAUAAAGAAAAGGCAGAUUCGAAGAAAGAUGUUAUUGCGACAAAGCAAAUUAUUACCGAAAAAAAGAAUAUAUCUAUUUCCAUUGAGAAUAGAAAAAGUAGCCAGGAUUCAGGGACGCGACCAAAGACUGUGAAGACGUUUAAUUCUAAAUUCAGAUCUACGGGUCUAGAAGAAGAAGUAAAACCACCACCACCUAGAUCGAAGAAAGUGGCUCCUGUUGUUGAUAAGAAGAUUCUACCUCCGAAAUUACCCUUGAAGAGGCCAUCGCCCAUGAGAGACGUUCCAUUGGUGGAGAGACGUAUGAAGGUAUCACUGGAUUCGCCAACAACCCCACCAAGCGAUGAGAAGAAGGGAGGAAUUAAGCUGAUUCCGCCAAAACCUAAACCGAUGAUGCUACAAGAAAGCGACAUGUUCAUGGAUGCUCUCACUGCGUCUACCAAAAGCAAGGAACCGAGAAAGCGUAAACGGAGAGCUUCGAUCACGAAAGAUGGACCCUCAGAAACUAAGAAACAAGAAAUUAUUAAUUCCGAUAAUCGCGAGAGCACGCCGCCACCUUCGCCUUCAAAUGUUGAAGAGAAAUCGUCAGUCGCUCUCAAACCUAAUUUUAAGUUCUAUCAGGACACGCUGGAAAUAGAAGAAGAUAAAGAUCAAAGAGAAAGAGAAAGUGGCGAAGAAGAAUCGAAGAAGGAUAAAGAUCUGAUGCUUGAUGAAGAGAAAGACAAUAGAGACGAUGAUGAUAUUGGAAGUAACACACCGACACCCGAGGAUGACGUGGACGAAAUGAAAGACGUAGAAUCACCAGAAGAUGCGUCUUCAGUAGUUUCCGAUUCAAUUAAGAAGGAUAGUUCCUACCCCGAAAUACGAUAUGUAGAUGGACUUAAAAGCGUUCUACUACUUCAAAAGCGUAAAGGGCCGAAAAAGGUUUUGAAGUGGAAGACAGAUCUAGAAUCUAUACGUUAUUUCGAAUUGGACGAAACGGAAAGAGUUAACGUAACGAAGACAUUUACCGACAUGAAACAGAUGGAAAAACAAAAUGAGAGGGAGGCAUUCCAGAUGGCCCGAAAAUUAAAUACUGAAGAUUUAAUGGAAGAGAGAACGAGAUGGAAACCUUUAAUUCCGAUUGAUCUACCUCCUCCGUUAGUGGAUCCCGGGAAGGACAGCAAAGAGAAGGAUAUUCAAUAUGCUCGCGAGAAGGGCAUUCUACAAGCCCUUUAUUUUAAUCGAAGCAUGAUUCCAGAUUCUGCAGCCGAACCUGAUGAAGAACGGCAUCACCUACUGACCGAUCCUAAAAUAAUACCAUUAGAAGAUCUCACGGGCAAUAAGGAGAGCGAGAAGGAUUUCACAGCGGUACCAUGGCCGGAACCUAAGCCGCAACCACCACAACCGUCAACUGUAACGACGUUCCAUUAUCCGACGACGUAUCCGCACAAUCAACAAAACAUAAUGACACCUAUGGGACCUCAACCGACAAUGGGCCCCAUACCGCAAAUGCCACAACAGAUGAUGCCUCCCACGCACAUGGCUCCCAUGACUCAGGAGAUGGCGGGACCAAUACCAGCCACCGGUGGUGGUGGUUGGAGAACAGGCGAUGGCAAAGUUCUCGUGCCAGACGUUAAUAUAAACCCGAUGACAAACAUGUCGGGUGGUUUUAAUCAGGGGAUGGAGGGUGCUCCCAUGGUACCACCGGGAAUGAUGGGACCACCGCCCAUGUAUAAUCAAGAGGGCUAUGGCAUGAUGUGCCCAGAUGACAUGGGAUAUAAUAACUUUCAAGGUCCGCCCGGACCGAUGUACGGUCCUCCUGGACCUAACUUUCCGGGUCCGAGAGGCGCCCAUAUGCAUAACAGAGGUAGAGGGCCUGGUUGGGGGUAUCGUGGACCUGUUAGAGGUGGUUGGAGGGGCGUCGGCGGAGGUGGAUGGCGAGGAAGUGGAAAACAACCACCGGUAUGUAGACAAUUUUCGAAAAAUGGUUUUUGUCGAGUCGGUGAUAAAUGCCAAUAUCUUCAUCCUGGUGUAAACUGUCCGCCGUUUUAAAAGUGAAACUGAAAUAGUGUGAUAAUUAAAUUGGAUACUAGUGAUUUAAUAUUGACUGAGUGAUAUUGAAAGAAUGUCUUCAAUUGGAAGUACUCAAAAAGUGACGAAGCAGAAGAGAAGUGGAAUUACUUGGCUGCGUUUUAAUGAUAUAUUCAUAUUAUCGAUAAUUUAUCUAUGGAACUUGUAUCGAUGGCAACUUGUUUGGAGAGCAGAUUCGAGUGCACACGCGAACAAUGCGCUACAAGCAAUUCCCAAAGCGAUUAAGUGAUUAAUGUGCAAUUUUUUAUAAAGAGCCUCUGACUACAUAUGAAUACUAUUUCUAUCUAAUAAUACUCGAUGCGUUUAAAAGUUAUGUAAAUAUGAUGACAUUUCAAUGAAUGUGAUAUAAAGUUGUCACAGCACUCGAUAUGGUCGAUUGCAAGCGCAUUGUAAAAUUGAAUUGUAACCAUACUAAAUUCAUAUCGGCUGCUGGACAGCAGAGCAUUUGAGAGAUUGUUAAAUUAAUCCUUUGUUCAAUUCUUCGAAUUCUCUUAUGAUUUAUUUCUAGAAUCAUACCAUCGAUAUUUGAGUACGAGAUUUUUCCUUCCUUUCUUUUCAUUAUUAUCCUUUCAUGUUUGUAUUUCCUA